CACGCUAAAGUUUAACCGAACUUUCCUGGAAAAUAUACAGAAUUGGAGCAUUUACAGUGUUGAUUCUUCGUGGAAGUUACAUUGACUUUUGAUUCAUUCUUACAUCGCCGACCGAAAGAGUCGCAGUGAAUCGCGUUUCGCAGUGUAUGACGAGCGCUUCAGAACUAUUCCACAUUAGGAGACACCGAUUAGGACGAAAUGAUAUCGAUUCAUCUUUCCACUCCUCACCUUCUUCAGAUUUCCAUCAUCACCACCGCCUUCACGACUCCGAUGACGAUGAUUCUCCCCGUAUCCGCCGCCACUACAACGUCCGCCGCCUCCGUCACCAUGAGCGUGUAUCAGAAAGAUUUGAUGGAAGGUAUCGUCGAUCUCUAGUAAAUGAAGGCGUUGAAUCUGGAGAAAGUGUGAGAGGUGCUCCAAGAGCAAGUGGAAGUGAAAGAUUACCAGUAGAUGUGAGACUUGCACGAGAAAGACUCCUUCAGAGGUUGAGAGGGGAUCCUGUUGAUAGAAACAGGCAAAAUGAUAGAGAUUCAGUGGACGAGGAUCAAGAAAGUGAGUUAUCAAGUGAAGUUCCAACUGAGGACUCUUUAAUUACUGACCUGACUUCUCAAAUGGCACGGUUCCAGCUCUUGCAUGAACAGACCAGAAAGCCACCAGGACUCACUCAGGAGGCCCUGAACUGUUUGCAUCUUGAAGUUUUUAGCAGCAUUGAUACGGAAUCAGAAUCCAAGGUACUUCAGAUUGUGGGAUAUGCUUGGAAUCUUUCAUGGAUGGAGAUAAACUGAUCCAUUUGCAAUGUGGACAUAAAUUUCACUCUGCUUGUUUGGAUCCUUGGAUUCGCAGUUGUGGAGAUUGUCCUUACUGUCGAAGAUGUAUAGUUGUAAAUAGUCACCUUCCAUAGAAUGAAACAAUGCAGUUUCUAGAUUGAUUUUCUUUUAUUUUGUGACUGUAUCAAGGAUGCUGCAAUGGAGCUGGCAUUUUGUAGUGACGUGGUGUUUUAUCUUAUCUAAGUAUUUUCAACCCUGUUGUAAUUGAGUGAAUCGAAACCGGAGCCAAUAUGUGCCUUGCUCCCCCCGUAGGAGAGAACCAGUGGCAGAGGAUAAAAUAUUUGAUGUAAGGGUUCGUUUUGUAUCUAUCUAUCUAUGACAGGAUAAGGUCUCUUUAUAAUACAUAACAUACGUUUUCCUAAAAUUUUAUUA